AAAUGAGUGUGAAAAAACAUGGAUUUUGUUACUGAAAGACAUCAGUCAAGAUUUACAAUGCACAAAUGGGCAAACAGUGCCCAGUUUUCCCGAGUGCUUUGGAAAGAGUUCCGAGGAAGAGAGCCUACGAAAACAAGAAGUCUUUACAGUUGGAAUGAAAGACUUUCAGUGGGUGUCAUUUCCAUCUUUUUGCAAAGAAAAAUGUCUAAAGCCAAAGGAUCUUAGCUCCCAUCAGCCAGCACAGAGCCAAAUUGACUGUUUACAUAAAGGACGGGGCCAAGCGGAUAAACUGAAAAGUUUACCUUCUACAGCUGAGAAAACAUGCUGCCUAACUAUUACAGAUCAAGCCAAAAACAUGGGUGGGGAAGACACAAAAGGUAUUUCAAAACUGGAUGCAAGUCCUAAAUCCUGUAAACUCCCUCAGCACCGAAGUUCUACACACCACUUGGCGUUGUCGCAGAGCGCUGCAAAAGCUUUUAGCUUUCAAGACUACUGCAGAGGGCCUGUACAGAACAGCAGGGAAAACAGAAAAGAAAAUGAUAGCCAAGAGCUUCAAAUACAAACACAUCAAGGUAACGUUUCGUUUGGUGAGGCCAGAUACGCGCCUGCAGAAGAGAAGCCGCCUCUUGUGAGCGUACCUGGAACUGAAAGCUGCAAGACGACUGAGGAUCAGAGCGAAGGACCCUCAACUCUUGACAGUUGUCCAAUGUGCCUGAUUCGUUUUAGUGGAACACUCUCACAACUGGAUAUCGAUGGCCAUCUCGCUAGGUGCUUGUCUGAAAGCGCAGAUGAUGUAAUGUGGUAAAUCCAGAAGAACAAGGCCAAGGACGAACCUUUCUCAAAGGAAAAGGAAAACAUGUCAAGGAAGCACGUCCUUGUCUCGAAGCUGCUUAAGGAUCACAAACCAGUAACUCAGCAGAAGGUCAAGUGCCACCUGCGCAGUUGGGGUCUUGUUAUUUUUAAAUCCUCUCAAAUGCAUGUAAAGUUGUUCUGGUUCUGAAAAUGGUACUACAGGAUGUCCCAGAGACCCCCAGAGAAACCAGUCUUGGCACUCCUAGAAUCUGGGUACUUCUGAAAGUAUGCACUAUUGUAAAUCCCUGAAGAACCUGUUUUGUGUGAUGCCUCAC